CAACCGCAGGAAGAUCCUCGGAGCAACGCACUCUUAUUGUUCUUUUUCUUUUUCUUUCUGCACAAACCGAAAGUUACAGCUCCACAAUCACCCAGAAAACCCGGACUGGAUCAACAGAAAACCCGGACUGGAUCAACAGAAAACCCGGACUGGAUCAACAGAACAGAAAACCCGGACUGGAUCAACAGAAAACCCGGACUGGAAGGACUGACUACCAUGUCGGAAAUCUCAGAGGAAGAGUGGAAGAGAGAUCUGAAGGCCGGCCGGUCCAAAGAAGAGAUGCCUGGGAAGAUCAUUAAAAUCUACGGGAAAGAAAAUGCUAUCCUCGAGAUGGAGAGAGGGAUGCAAGAGAUACCUAGGAUGGUUGAUCGGACCCAGAGUCCGCUGAAACCCUACGUUCAGAAAGUGAAGAGCAAACCGGAGAAACAGCAGCAUGAUCAUCAGCCACAAAUGCGAGACGAGGACGGGCAGUAUGAGUUGAACAGCCAGCCCACCGGCCUCUGCCUGAUCAUAAACAAUGAACAUUUUAGUGAUGGUGACGUGAGACGUGGAACCGAUAAAGAUGCUGGAAGCUUGGCAAAGGUGUUCAGCUGGCUGGGGUUCAGAGUGCUGAUGUGUAAAGACCAAACUAAGAACCAGAUGGAGCGAGUGCUGGAAUGCUUUGCUUCUCAGUGGGGCCUUUCUCAGCUGCAGGAGUUCAAUGUCAAGGAGUGGACUGGCAGCGAAUUCACCGAUCUUCUAGAGGCUCCUCAGCAUGGCGAUGCCUUCUUCUGCUGUGUUCUCAGUCAUGGAGACAAGGGCAGUGUAUCGGGGACUGAUAGGAAGCCCCUCCCUAUCAAACAAAUAACGAGACCCUUCAUGGCAACUCGUCAAUCUCCCCUCACUGCCAAGCCCAAAGUGUUCCUGAUCCAGGCCUGCCAGGGGCGGCAGAUACAUCCUGGGGUGUUAUCAGACGGUGUGCAGACUGAUGACUCUCACUCGACACUGCAGGCUGAUGGCUCUGACUCGACAUCCAUCCCUCAGGAAGCAGAUUUUCUAGUUCAUAGUUCCACUGUUGAAGAUUAUUAUUCUAUGAGAGACCCAACGAAGGGGAGCUGGUUCAUCCAAUCUUUCUGUGAGCAGCUAGAAGAGGGCUGUCAGAGGAAUGAAGAAAUUGGUGUCAUACUCCGCCGUGUAAACAAUGAAGUAGCCGGGAAAGAGGAUGUUUUGUGGCGUGGUCGGAGCUGUGGUCCAGUAAAGCAGAUGCCCGAAAUUAGGCACACCCUGAGGAAGCGUCUUGUGUUGACUCCACAUCAAAACUCAGAGAUGAAAAGGAGACGUGAGGAGGAGCCGGAGGAAGGAACCAGUCCUGCAGCAGAUCAGCUGGAGGGAAGCCAACCUGUCAAGAAACUGAAGACUCGUGACUCCCAGGAUGGAAAAGCUCCAUGGGAGAAAUCCAUCUUUGAUCUAAAAUCCAGUGGAAUUCUUGAGACGGAAGCCAUUGUUGUGAAAGUUGUUAAAAAAUCCGGGCUGCUCAAAUACGACACCAAGACAAAGAAAGGGAAGUUUUAUUUGUAUCUGGGCGUCGCUGACGAGACGGCCAGCGUCAAACUGAUGGUGUACGGAGAAGAUCACCAUCGACAAAUCAAAGAGGGGAAGUCCUACAUCUUCAGGAAUCUAAUAAAAGAUGGAAUAUAUGUGAAGGUUAACGCAUCAAGCAAAGUGUCAGAAACAAAACCUGUCAUCGUCCCGGAGGAGUUCGAGAGAGAAGCUGAGAGACUGCUUUCUCCUGAGCUUACCUCCAUUAAAGACAUCAAAUCAUCUCCUCCCCAGACAUACGUGAGCAUCGAAGGAACCGUCACCGAGAUUGAUCCCGUCCACAAAGUGAAGGUGGAACACAAGGAGAAGAAGACGAAUCAGCAAAAGUUCAAACUGAUUCAGGAAGCUGAGGAAAUCACCAUCACCAUGUGGGACGAGGCCACCAAGCAGAGCAAAGACCUUUCAGUCGGAGACGUCGUUCUUCUGAACAACAUGAAGCCCAAUGAGUACUGUGGGAAAGUGUCUCUCAACUCAACUACAUUCACCAAAAUCACCAAGGUUCAAAGUGUCGGCAUCCAGAAAGUGACUCUCAAGAUUAGAGGGAUCAAGGAAGCCACGCUGAAGGAGACUCAACUGGAGGUGGAUUUAGACAUGAAGCUGCACACGCUCGUCGUGGUGUCUCGACUUCUGGCGAACACGCUCGACUUCCAGCUGAAGACAGGCUUUCGUGAUGAUCUCCUUGAAAGAAUACCGCUCUCAGUGGAGGCUGAAAUACAAGGAAACAGAAUCAUCCAAAUGACAGUCCCUGAGAACAUCUGAAGGGGAGUUCUGCCACUAAAUGUUUUCCUCAAAAUUCGAAAUGUUUCUUUUUUAAGAAAUCUCAAAAUGUUGAAUUCUUUCUAAAAAUUCAGAUUUAUUUCAAAAAAAUAUCAACAUUCUGACUUUUUUCUCAAAAUUCUGACUUUAAAAAAACUACAUAAGAUACAUAAUUUAAUAAUGUAUCUCCCUGUUUUUGAUAGCUCUCAUACACAAACACAUCUAAUGUGUUUGUGUGUGAUGGGCACACUUAUGUGCCCAUCACCCCAUGUUAGCCACAUCUGGCACACACACACACACACACACACACACACACACACACACACACACGACUAUUCUUGUUGAUGUUCUAAUGUUCUUUGAAUGUAGUCUCUGUUCUGAUUUAAAAUAAUAGUAUUGUGUUCAGUGUCUAUUCUUUGUAUAUUUAAUUCAGUUUUUCAAGUCUACCAGUCGUCUGAUAAAUUGUUUACAGUUUGAAAGGAUGCUAAAAAAGGUGUUCAACAACUCAACAACACCAUAUGAAACAGACCUGUAAACAGAUUUACUUUUUCUUUAUGCAUAUUUUACAAAUCACUCCCCUUUCAAACUGUAUUCUUGUGUUACUGUCCUAUAGUAUGAGUUGGAACUUGUUCAUACCUGUUAUUCUUUUGUUUUUUAUAACUAUAAUAAUCAUAUAAACGUGUGCCUUGGAAAUACUUGUUUACAUAAAUGAUUACCAAACCG